AUGAUACGACAUCAUCAUCCCCUUCCAUUGUUGCCAUCGAUUUCUAAGAAUGUUCAAUCAAUAUCAAAUAUUACUGAAGAUAAAAUUGAUCAUAGUCAAGGAACAACAACCUAUGAUCUUCAUUCAAUGCAACCACAAUCAACUCAACUAGAUAGAAACGAUCUGUUUCAUAUUACAUCAUCAUCCCAUUCAACAUUCGCGCCAAGGCAUGAUUAUCCAUCACAUGAUCAAUUAUCAGCAUCUAAUGUUCGACAAGAUAGUACAAUAUGGACAAAAUAUCCUCGAUGGGUUCCCCGUCUAACACAAGCUAAACAAGUUCAUACUUCGUAA